AUGUCGAUGCGGGAACUGGGGGAGGCCGUCACCUCCGCCCAGAAGUUGGCCACCGACACUGCGAUGACUGCGCCCUGGAAGCCAUCACUGGGGUUGCCAAGCAGCCCCGCCCGAGCAUGCACUCGACAAUCUCGCGCUGAGAGUUGUCAUCCGAGCUCUGUCAACUCUCCGGGCAUGCUAACACCGGACCGGAGUCCCACUCAAACAAACAUCUGGCGCACGGCUCACAUCAACUCCAGGUGGCUUGCAGGCCUCCUUGUUCCCAUCCUGUCCCUAGCUUCCCGGCUUCUAUGCAUGAUUGCUCGUAUUCUGAAUUUCAUGGCAACGUACGGGGUGCAGGUCGGCAAGCCCAGCCAUAAACCCACUGCUGUGCUCAGAGCAGCAUGGACGCGGGGUUCUCCAGGUACCCCUUGA